AUGGAGGUAAACCUAAAGAAAACCCAAAUUAUGAUUUUUGAAAAAAGGAAAACAAAAAAAGCGAAGCCAAUUUUCACACUAGGAAAUGAAAAGAUAUCUGUUGUACAGGAAUACUGUUACCUAGGCAUAAAGCUUAAUCACAAUGGUAAUUUUUCCUUGGCCAUCAAACAGCUGAGUGAAAAAGCCCUGCAUGCGCUCUAUAGCAUCAGAAGACGGCUCAACCUACACCAACUUAACCCCAAAUCUGCUAUUAAAAUUUUCGACAGCAUAAUUUGCCCCAUUCUUCUGUACAAUGCAGAAGUUUGGGGUGUAUAUAUCAAAAACGAUUUUAUCAAUUGGGAUAAACUGCCGGUUGAAAAAGUACACUUAAAAUUCUGUAAGCUCUACCUAGGCGUUGGCAGAAAGACGAGUAAUAUCGCCUCAAGAAGCGAACUUGGAAAAUAUCCAUUAAUUAUCAAUGUAUUCAAAAGAAUCAUCAAGUACGUCACUAAUCUUAAUUCACUUCCUGAAACAACCAUUUCAAAACAAGCUUUCCUCAUAUCAAAAGAUUUAUUUAUUAAAUUAGAUAAAAUAAUUAAAUAAAAUAUUUAUUUAUAGAAAGGCAAUGGAUAUAGUGAAAACCUUGAAUUGUAAUAAAGCAAUCCCUGACCUAGAUUCACUUACAACCAAUCUAGUUGAAUCAUGCGUUAAAGAUACUAAAGAAAACUACCAGAGAUUCUGGAGACAUAAACUUGAAAACUCAUCCAAACUUACCUUCUACACAAGCAUAAAGGAAGACUAUGAGCUUGAAACUUAUUUGACUACCAUAACUAAUUCAAACCAAAGAAAACAUUUAACACAGCUCCGACUAAGUAACCAUAAACUAAUGAUUGAACUCGGUAGAUACGAAAACAUCCCGCGAGAAGACCGAAUAUGCAAGGUCUGCCAGGCAGGAGAAAUUGAAACGGAACAUCACUUCCUAACAUCCUGUGAAGCCUAUAGUAGUCUCCGAGAAAACUUUUUAAAUGACUUGGAAAGUGAUCCCACCAAUGAAACAGAUUUAAACGAACACAGUUUAUCAGUUGAGAUAAUGAAAUCAACUGAUAAAGAAACCGUGAUAAAAUUAUCAAAAUUUAUCUCUUUAUGUUUUGAGAAGAGAUCUAAAUGCCUUGAAGCUCGGAAUGCUGACAGUCAAUAG